GAAGCAAGGACAGUGGUGAUGAGGUGUGUGAAGACAGAGGAGUUUGUCAGGAGGAUCUCAGAGGAUGCCGCGGCGUUGCUCAAUGAGCUGGAGGGGUUUCUGGGUAGUGGGGGCGGAGCUAAUGCUCGUGCGGUGUGCGAUCGUGUCCUCCACGCCUGCUACCAGCGGUUGGGCUCGCAGCUGGAGGCGGGGCUUGUCCACACAGUGGUGCGAUUGGUUCAGCUGGCAGUGGGCGGGUACGAGCAGGUGGAGGGGCUGCGGCCGAGUGCCCCUCUUUACCUGGAGAAGAUGCUGUUCCACAUCCUACAGAAACUAAUGAAGGUGGGCAAGCAGCACUGCGCUGAUCUGGCACAGCUGCUGUUUCAACGGCUGAAGGUGAACACUCCACAGGAGGAGGAGAAGGAGAAGGAGGAGUACCUGACGUUGGUGCAGAACUGUUUUGCGCUGCUGUGGAAUGCUGCGGGAGGUGUGCGGGAGUCCCACGUUCCUGGGCCGCCACCUACACCUGGGCCGACACACACACCUGGGCCGCCACACACACCUGGGCCGCUACACACACUGCGUGUGAGGCUUGAGGCGCUGCGGUUCCGGCUGCUGCAGGAGAGUGUGUGUGUCCGGGGCGGGCCCUCCAAAGGGUGUGUGUACGUGGAGGAGGCUCUGCUGCAGUACCGACGGGCCUGCGGCACACUCACACACACACACGCCGCCGCCAUGAUGCAGCUGCUCCAGGAGUGUGUUGUGGGCCCGCUGUGGAGCGCGGGGGAGUGUGUGUGUGACCACGAUCUGCUGUGUGUGCUAACAAUCAAGGUGUGCAAGAUGCUCUGCGGGGCGGAGCUCUGGGAUUUGGCCAAUCAGCAAGUGGCAGAUGCUGAGGGGCGGGUCCAGAGGCAGGGGGAGGAGCACCACCCAGCCUUGCAGCUCUGUGAUUGGUCUGUUCGACUGCACCGCCUUUUGCGCACUUCAGAGUCGGACGAAGGCCACGCCUAUGCUUCGUGUGCGCAGCUGCUUAGCAACCGAGCGAUCACCGUGGAGACCCACAGCCAGCCAAUCCUGGAGGCGUGUCAGUUGGUUGUCUGGGCAACGGAGACUGGCCCCAGAAACGGCAUGGAGGCCGGAACUCUGGUGGCGUGCAUGAGCUUCCUGGAGCAGCACCAGCAGACCAUCCGCGCACUCCAGACGGGUCGCGAGGUGACAAAUCUUCAGACUACCCUCUGCCAGAGCUUGUGUCAAACCUUCAGCAGUACACACACUAGCCUGAAGAAAUCAAAGGUGCUAGAGGGAGUGUGUUUGCAGCAGGUGGUGGAACGUCUCCAGGGUUCCGUUACUGAGCUUCUCCAGGAACUGCAGAAAUUGGCCAAUGAGAAUCUCCUUCAGCACGCAGUGUCUACUAUGAAUGGGGUUGUGUUUGAGUUGUUCAACAGGAAAUUGCAUCAGGAAGCGCUUUCAUUGGUCAAGCCUCUGUGUGCGCAGUUGGUGAAGUCCCGCCCUCCUUCUAUGUCCACUGAGAGGGUGACCCACUGCUUCCUGCAGGCUGUGCAGAGUUUCCGGCAUAGUUUCCGGCGUGUGGGUGACCAGCAGGGGGCACUGCAGGCGGUGUCUGAUUGGCUGCUGUGCCUCAGGGAGGAGGAGCUACGGGACGUGUGCAGCCGCCCACACACACACUCUCACACACACCCCAUCAGGCUGUGGGCCCGGAUCAAAGCCGACGCCGCCAAGAGUGGACAAGAGGAGCUGCUGCUGCGGACCUUGCGGGACAGCUUUCAGGGGGCGGAGCCUGGUGAUGCGGUGAUGAUGCAGCUGCUGGAGGCAGAGCUGUGUGCCUAUGCGGCCGGGUCACAUGACCUGCACCGGGAGACCUACAACACACUGUGCGACCUGCUGGACUUGUGUCCUGAGGACAAUUUUGCCCAGGAGUCUUUGCGGCUGCUGGAGGCAGAGCCUGAGACCGUGGCCAAUGCUGAUUGGCUGAGAGAUGACCAAGCACACGCCUCCCUCUGGCUCUACAUCUGCCAACUAGAGAGUAGUUUACAAGAGAAGAGAAAGACAUAA